GGCCGACCCGUGCGUUCCGUCUCCUAGUAACCAUCCGGGACUCUCUACUCCCGGCCGAAGCGACUGCGUCCAGCGCGGACGCGCAUGCGCAGUGACCGUCCGCUCAGCACUGGAACGCCUGCUGCUUGCCACUUUCCCCAGGAGUUGGGCCUCUUUCUGGACCCAGGGGCAGUAAAAUGGUUACUUCCCUGAGCUGCUCUUGUGCACUGCUUCCGCCACCGCCAGGAAGUUGUUUUGAGGAUGGUCCUGCUGAAACUUUCCAGUAAGGAGCCAGUCGGUGCGCUGAAUAUCAGUAUCCUGUAGUCUGAGGAACUCACGGAGCCCUGCCUGGGUCAACACCACCCCAAGGAAUCAGGCUUGGGUCGGGAAGUGGCAGACCGAGCAAUGAAAUUAUAAGUUCUUGGCUGCUGCUCCUCCACAUGCCAAUCCUCUUCCUAUAUAAGUCUCCUUUCUAGGAAAAACUGGCAGUUGUAAAAAGGGUAUAAAACCUCACAUGGUGUUCAUUUUUUUUCCCCCGAGGUACAGUCUCACUCUAGCUCAGGCUGACCUGGAAGUCACUAUGUCGUGUCAGGGUGGCCUCGGACUCAAGGCAAUCCCACCUCUGUCUCCCAAAUGCUGGGAUUAAAGGUGUGCGCCACUGCACCCAGCUGCGUUCAAUAUUUUUGCCUCAAUCAUUGUCUUCUAUAAAUUAGGCUAAUCUAUUUGUCAUCUUGAUGGGAUUUAGAAUCACCAUAGAAACAGAUCUCUGGGAAUGCCUAUGAGGGGUUUUCUAAAUUAGUUUACUUGAAGUAGGAAGACUCCCAAACUGUGAGCAGCAUUACUCCAUGGGCUGGAGUCCUGAGCUGAAAAAAAAAGGAGGAAGUGAGCUACAAAGUAGCAUUCAUCACUCUAUUUCCUCUCUGUGGAUUGUGACCAGCUGCCUCAAGCUCCUACCACCAUGCCUUCCCAACCAGGAUGGACUGUAAUCUCCAACUGUAAGCCAAAAGAAACCCUUCCUUUUGUUGCUUCUUGUCAGGACACUACAAUGAAAAAAUAAUAUACACAGAGCAUAAUGAUUCCAUUUUCAAUGAAGAACUGCUUCCAGUUUCUUUGUAACCACAAGGUUCCAGCAGCUGGCUUUAAAACCACACCAAAAGGUGGACUUAUUUUACAGUCGGUUUCCAAUGAUGUUUAUCAAAAUCUGGCUGUAGAAGACUGGAUCCAUGAUUAUAUAAGUCUAGAAGGCAAACCAGUUCUUUUCUUUUGGAGAAAUUCUCCCUCUGUUGUAAUUGGUAGGCAUCAGAAUCCAUGGCAGGAAUGCAACCUGAAUCUGAUGAGAGAAGAAGGUAUAAAACUGGCUCGGAGAAAAAGUGGAGGAGGAACAGUGUACCACGAUCUGGGUAAUAUCAAUAUGACCUUCUUUACCACCAAAAACAAGUAUGAUAGAAUGGAAAACCUACAAUUAAUUGUGAGAGCUCUGAAUGCUGUCCAGCCCCAGCUGGAUGUGCAGGCUACUAAAAGAUUUGACCUCUUACUUGAUGGACAGUUUAAAAUCUCAGGAACAGCAUCUAAGAUUGGCCGGACCAACACUUAUCACCACUGUACCUUGUUAUGUAGCACUGAUAGGACUGCUCUAUCUUCUUUGCUAAAGAGCCCUUACCAAGGGAUUGAGAGCCGUGCCACUGCCAGCAUACCUUCUACAGUGAAGAAUCUCCUGGAAAAAGAUCCCACACUGACCUGCGAAGUACUGAUGAGCGCCAUUGCUGCUGAGUAUGCUGCUCAUCAUCACAUCAAGAAUCAUGUCCACCUCAUCAAUCCAGCAGAUGAGACAGUGUUUCCUGGGGUGAAUAGCAAAGUCCAAGAACUACGAAGUUGGGAGUGGAUCUAUGGCAGAACUCCAAAGUUUAGUGUAAAUACCACGUUUAAUGUUUUACAUGAACAGACACACUUGGAAAUUAAGGUCUUCUUAGACAUAAAGGAUGGAAGAAUUGAAAUCUGCAAUAUUAAAGCACCUGAUCAUUGGUUGCCACUGGAACUAUGUGACCAAUUAAACUCAAGUUUGAUUGGCAGCAAGUUCUGCCCAAUUGAAACAGCCAUGCUAACAAAUAUUAUACUUAGAACAUACCCAGGGGACUAUAAAUUACACAGUAAAUGGAAUAUUCUGUGUGAAAAAAUGAGGGGAAUAAUGUGACUCCAAGUAACAUUCCUUAUACUGACAAUAGCAAUGAGAAAAUAAAAUUUUCAAAUGCACUGUAUGUCUCAAAGGUCUGGAAAUGACAUAGACUUCUUGCCUAGCAUGUGCAAGGCCUUGGAUUCAAUCCCAGGAACUGCAAAAGAGGGUACUCGUCUCUAGUCUCUUUUAGAACUUCUUCCCAUUUGAAAUUGCUUUUCACAUAUCCUUGUCUGUAUUUUCUGCAGGCCUCUGUAUCUUUCUUUGUUCAUUUUAACAUUUGAAUUUUAGCUCCUCCUUUCAUUGUCUUUGAG